AGUAAAGGCACCUUCCCUAUUCCGCCGGACAGAGGAGAUAAGUUUUCCGAAACUUUUCACCGACAUUUCAACCCGGAACCUACUGGGAACCACCACCUCACAGGCGGAAAGCCUGAGAGAAUCUUCGAGUUUUCUCCUGAGCGCUACAGCCCUGGUGAGUGUGCGGCGACUCAGAAAGUUCGUAGCCGAACAGCAUGAGACAGAUAGAUGAGAACCAUGAACCAUCGGCAAACGGUUCCGUCAUUCCCCCGAAACGCACCAGCGCAAAGUCAGCCUUGAAACGCGUUGCGUCUAGAUGAAGGAAACCGAAGAACCGUACGCUAGCCGACAGCAUACCCACUCGGUUGGUACCAGAGACCCAGUACCUCAUUUGAAAUUUCGACGGUGUGGGUCAGAUUUAGAUUCGAGCACCUGCGCCCCUCUUCGUGCGGCCUAUUCGGCUCCCAGCUCCUUCGGCCAGUCUUUUGCAGUACCUCAGAGGUACGCCACGAAAUUGGUGCGGGUACUUUGUCGUGCCGUUGGUUCCCAUUGUUUAGAACCCGUCGCUGGAAGAUCUUGAAAUAUUGUAUGUAAAUGUUGAUUGCGGUAGGAAAACAGAUGGUACCGGUGGUACCGUAGUCGCGCCAGUGAAGAACGUCGACGAGGAUUCAUGUGGAAAUUGUCGAUCUGAUUGCAAUUAACGUAUUGCUCACCAGUGACUGUGUGUGUCAAAUCUAUGAUUCUCUAUUAAGUGAACAGUGUCCGCCUGGAGCUACAAGAAACACUGGAUUUAUGUUGGGGAUUGCCUAAUCCGCGCGCUCAAAGGUUCCAUCCAGAAGCGAUGCAGCGAACCUGAGAAGAAGUCAGCGCCGCCCAGUCGAAAUAUAUGGAGCUAAAAGAACCUGUGAUAAUGGACGUAAGCGACACAUUCCGAACGGGUGACCAGGAGAUGACCAAGACCGACUUCUUCGAUUUCGUGGUGAAUCCCGACUCGAACGACGCCCAAUCGAUCCAGCAGUUCAGCAAGCAGUUGCGAAACGUGAAUGUUUUCCUGGGAAACGGCACGGAAGAGACCAGAGAGACGAACAACAACAACAUGAUCAUAACCGACAUCCCGACCACUACCUCAGAUACCAUCACCAAUUUCGAAGCAGCCCUUUGGAACGAGAAGGACACGGUGAAGAUCGAAACUGCCAUUUUAGAAGACUUGAACAAAUACUGUUGGACCAACGACGAAGUGAAUGGUGUGGUGCAGAUCAAGCAGCAGGGCGGCACCAGCAGCGGCAGCAGCAACAACAACAACAACAACAACACCGAUGGGCAGAUCUACACGACGCUGACGGUGCUGAACGGGCUGGAGCAGACGCCUACUUGGUACCGCCAGCCGUUGUCCAUCAAGGAGGAGGACGUUUCCAUGUCCAGUCCGACGGAAAUGGAGCACCUGCAAGGCGGGCUGGACAUCGACUCGAUUCUGAGCAUAAUGCCCGGCCAGAUCAGCGCCUUCAACAGUCCCUACACCGAAAACACCAUGAGCCCCAACACUGAUGGACUCAUCAAGUCCGAAACGUACACCUACGAGGACAGCGGAUUUGCCGACAACAAGGAGGAGCUGGCCAAUUGCCUCAUCAUCAACACGCCGCUGCUGGAGGCGCAUGACAAUUUCAACAACAACAACAACAACGACUGGAAGCUGACGAACAACAACCAGCCGAAUGGUUCUCCCGACUCGCUACUACGCAGUGCUUUGCAAGGUAAAGCAUUCGUGCGUUACAAUGGAGCUGUGAAAAGUAGUAAAGUAGCUGAAAACAACACGGAGCUGCGCCGAUGCUUGUCAGCAUCGCCCAAGACUGAGACGAUCUUCGUGGCGAAAGACGAGCCCGACCACUUGACGACCAUUGUAAGUGAUAUUGAUGCGAAUGGAAAGGUGGUGUUCAAAGAGCAAAUAGGCGCAGCCGAGCCCUCUAGUACGCACAACGUCGACGACCUCCUACUCAGCCAACUGGACCAUCCCUACUCGGAGGACUUCGAGAAACUGAAGCGAAUAGCCAACGAAGUGGCUGAGUCAGUCAACCAGUACUGCAUCGACACCUCCUCUUCGGAUAACACCGUCCAGGCCAGCAUCAGCUCGGACCAGAUCGGGAUCCUCUACAACAUCACCUCCCCGAUCCAGAUCACCGCCCCAGUAGUGACCAGCUCCAAGCCGACCAAGAAGUACAAGAGGCUCAAUAGCGGCUCCAAAGCCCAGGCGACCCUCCAGAGCGCCACAUCGACCAGUAACGGCAUCCGCAAGGAACGAUCGCUCCAUUAUUGCAGCAUCUGCUCAAAAGGCUUCAAAGACAAGUACUCGGUGAAUGUUCACAUUCGAACGCAUACUGGCGAAAAGCCAUUUGCGUGCAGCUUAUGCGGGAAAACGUUUAGGCAGAAAGCGCAUCUAGCGAAACAUUACCAGACCCAUAUAGCGCAGAAGAAUGCAGCUGCGGCUGGCAACGUUUCCUCCACCAAGAGUAAAACGAGGUAGCUUAUGAAAGGGAAACUUUAGAAACUAGGAAAGGGUCUAGUUGGUGAAUCUAACCCCUUAGUUUUCUGCUUUAGUAGUUCUCAAAGGUGGUUUCACUCCAGACGCAAACAUUUCUACUCAUAGAAAGCCGGAACUGUUGUGUUCCAACUCCUGAAGAUGCGAAAGUCGCAUCGUCCAGAGCAGAUAUAGCCGAGGUUGCCAUGUUUUCUCUCAUAACCUUUCUAUUUCCCUAGUCCCUAUAUUAAAAUCAAUUUUCUUCUAUGAAUUUCUACAGUUUUUGGUGAGACCAUGCGAUUUUUUUGCGAAAACCACACAAUUCCUUGCAAAACUCUGAACUUUUUGUGAAACAAUAGGAAGGCUUUCUUUCCUCUGCUUCCAUUUGAUCUGAAAAUAAUUAUUUUCAAUAAAAAUUUCUUUGAAUGACUCAAACUAGGAACCUUCAGGCUUCACAUCCACGCUUUACAAAUCCUGAACUGGAUUUUUUGCAAAAUUCCGCAAAAUCGUUAUCGGUGGUUGCAAAAUGAGUCUUUCGGCAAUGCAAAAAGAGUUGCUGGCACGAAACAGCCCUUUCAGAAUUCAGCCAGUUUCAAAAUGUCCUCAAAAUUGAAGAAAAAUGGCACAACUCGGCAACUAUUUGGACACGUGGGACUGACUUUUCUCAAUCAAAUGCAGCAGAGCUAAAGUCUUCACCUGCCUUAAAUCCCCACCAAUAAAUUCCGCCAUACAAUUUUCCUUGAUGAUGACUCUGAAUAGAAACUCUGAAUAGAAUAGAAACUCUGACUAAAAACCCCACAAAUUGCUUCAUACUGAACUCGUUCUUUUGAGAAAAUUCCCGAAGAUUUCUGAUAAUGGCUCAAAAAUCGAAACUCUUUUGCGUUAAACUAUUAAAACGUUUGACUAUGCAAUUCAAAUUGCUUAUUUGUCGUUUAUUACACUUUUUUCAAUCUUCCACGUAUCUUACAGCCUUUCACACAUGUACUGUUCACGCUCUAAGACACCCCUGAAAAUGCAGGCCACUCGUGGUAGCGAAACGUCACGAAAUAUGACUUUUUUUCAGUUCUUUCGGGCUUUUAGUCGUGGAAAAUAGUCACCAGUUUCCAACUAAACAACCGUUAGAAACUGGGAACAUUUUUCAAAAAAACGCCUUCACUUUCAUGGUCCUUCAAAAUUACAAAACUUGCGUUUUUUGCUCAAAUUUUCGAAAACUCUUGAUGAUGGUUCAAAAACCGAAACACUCGCUGGUUACGAAGGCUGUCAAGGCCUAGCAAAAUUUUGCAAUAAAAUAAAAAAAAAUUGACCCUAAAGAAGGGGAUGCAAAAAAGCGGUGAAAUGCAAGUUUCGGUGGCGUGAGACCAGUUUUUGCAAAAACCACAAAAUUGUCAAAAAUUCCUCGCAAAGCUCUAAACUUUUUGUGAAACAAUAGGAAGGCUUUCUUUCCUCUGCUUCCAUUUGAUCUGAAAAUAAUUAUUUUCAAUCAAAAAUUCUUUGAAUGACUCAAACUAGGAACUUUCAGGCUUCACAUCCACGCUUUACAAAUCCUGAACUGGAUUUUUUUGCAAAAUUCUACAAAAUCAUCAUCGGUGGUUGCAAAAUGAGUCUUUCGGAAACCAAUCAAAUUGUUUAUUUAUCGCAAUAAAUCCAUUUUUGAAGACUUGCUGGCACGAAACAGCCCUUUCAGAAUUGAGCCAGUUUGAAAAUGUCCUCAAAAUUGAAGAAAAAUGGCACAACUCGGCAACUAUUUGGACACGUGGGACUGACUUUUCUCAAUCAAAUUCAGCAGAGCUAAAGUCUUACAAAAAACCAAACAGUAAAAAUUACCAGUUUCAAAAAAUUUCCUUGAUGAUGACUCUGAAUAGAAACUUUCAGGUCUGACCUUAUUCUCGCUCUACAAAUCCUGAACUGGGGCUUAACAAACUUAUUAUUUAUUUAAAACUAAAAUACCUGAUGGAUUUCUCCAAAUAGAAACUUUCAGAACGUGCCAUCGGCCGUUCAAGCCCCACAAAUUGCUUCAUACUAAACUCGUUCUUUUGAGGAAAUUCCCGAAGAUUCCUGAUGAUGGCUCAAAAAUCGAAACUCUUUUGCGUAAAAAUGACUGACUAUGCAAAUCAAAUUGCUUAUUUGUCGUUUAUUACACUUUUUUCAAUCUUCCACGUAUCUUACAGCCUUUCACACAAGUACUUUUCACGCCCUAAAACACCCCUGAAAAUGCAGGCCACUCGUGGUAGCGAAACGUCACAAAAUAUGACUUUUUUUCAGUUCUUUCGGACUUUUAGUCGUGGAAAAUAGUCACCAGUUUCCGACUAAACAACCGUUAGAAAUUGGGAACAUUUUUCAAAAAAACGCCUUCACUUUCAUGGUCCUUCAAAAUUACAAAACUUGCGUUUUUUGCUCAAUUUUUCGAAAACUCUUGAUGAUGGUUCAAAAACCGAAACACUCGCUGGUUACGAAGGCUGUCAAGGCCUAGCAAAAUUUUGCAAUAAAAUAAAAAAAAAUUGACCCUAAAGAAGGGGAUGCAAAAAAGCGGUGAAAUGCAAGUUUCGGUGGCGUUCUCUUCAGGCUAAGCCCAGCUCAUGAGAACUAGUAGGCUGGAAACUGGUCCCGGGGGUGCCUGAGAUCAAAAAUAAAAUACAGUUCGUUGAUUAUUAAAGUGUUUGGUUCCGUAGGAGUGAGAUUCACCAACUGGGACCCAAAAUUGCGAACUAAAGCAAUCAACUAUCGCGAGAUGAUUGUGGUGAAUUCGUGUUGCACAUUCAAAUAUUCAUGUAAAAAUGCCGUUUUAAAGAAUGCAGUCAGUGUACCUGCUACUGCAGGAGACAUCCAAGAGUUUUGUCCUGUGGACAAGGAUGUAAUAAUGCAGGAAAUCUGUGAAAUUUACUCCUCGAUGUUUACGGUGCGAUUAGCAAGACCGAUGAUACGGUGAUUACAAUUUCAAAUUGAUUAUAUGAAGAAGAUGAAGAUCUGGUUCCUACAUGCUGCAAGCUACAAGCUAAUUUUGUUAUAAUGUUAUUUGUAUAAAUAAUGUGCUGUGAUGUUUAAUUGUGAAAUUAAUUUAAAAAGGAGAUGUAAGCUAGUGAAAAUCUGCCUAAAUUUUUUCUUGCCAUUUCUGUAUUAUUAUUUACGUUUUAGUUACGUUUAUUAUUUAUUUUUGUCGUUUUUAGGGAGGCUCGUUUCCCGUACAGGAUCUAGUUUAAGCAUUACCUUCCUUUCCUAAUACAAAGUAUUAAUUCCACCCUGUACGAGCUAUAGUUAAUCUACUGUAUAAAAGGCAACGUAUAAGAGACAACGAAAUAAAUGACAAUAAAGUUUUUAUUUUA